AUGCCCUGCUUGCCUGGUGUGCCAUAUCAUUUUCCAAUGCUAUAUUCUGUACUUAUGAACAGAUACAUCCUCAAGAUACCUUUGGUCGAGUUAUGU